AUGUCUGGAGACGCUACUAUCCCAAAUCCCGUUAAGUUUGCAUUCGGAGGAAUUGCUGGGUGCGUUUUGCAGAAAUAACGCUAAGAAACACUGUUUUUUCAGUAUGGGAGCUACUCUCGUCGUGCAACCUUUAGAUCUUGUGAAAAAUCGGAUGCAGCUGUCCGGAACAACAGGAAAGAAAGAAUAUCGUUCCAGUUUCCACGCACUCGCCUCAAUUAUCAAAAAUGAAGGAUUUUUCGCCAUCUACAACGGACUUUCGGCCGGCCUUCUACGUCAGGCCACCUACACGACGACCCGAUUGGGAACUUACACGUUUUUGUUAGAAAGAUUCUCAGAAAAGUAAGUUUCUCUCUGCUGAACACUGAAAACUAUAGUAUUCUGUUUAGAGAUAAGUCACUCUCAUUCGCUUUGAAAGCUGGACUCGGAAUGGCAGCCGGAGGAAUCGGCUCGUUCGUUGGAACUCCGGCAGAAUUGGCAUUGAUCCGAAUGACCGGAGAUGGGCGCCUUCCAAUUGAACAACGAAGAAAUUACACCGGAGUGGUGAAUGCAUUGACUAGAAUCACGAAAGAAGAAGGAGUUCUGACUUUGUGGAGAGGAUGUACGCCUACAGUAGUCCGAGCAAUGGUCGUCAAUGCCGCGCAACUGUCCACUUACUCUCAAGCCAAGCAAGCCCUUCUCGAAUCCGGAAAGGUACAUGAUGGAAUUUUCUGUCAUUUCCUCGCCUCCAUGAUUUCCGGAUUGGCAACUACGAUUGCGUCAAUGCCAGUAGACAUUGCCAAAACGAGAAUCCAAUCGAUGAAGGUUAUUGACGGCAAUCCAGAGUAUAAGAGCGCAUUCGAUGUUUGGGCCAAGGUGAAUUUGUUCAUAUUCAAGUUUCUAUUUAAUCAGGAAAUUUUUUUCCAGGUUAUCAAAAACGAAGGCGUGUUCGCUCUUUGGAAGGGAUUCACUCCAUAUUACAUGCGCCUUGGACCUCACACCGUCCUCACCUUCAUAAUUCUCGAACAAAUGAACGCUGCGUAUUACAAAUUCGUGCUUCAUCAGGAUGCUACGAGCGCAUUGUAG